CCCCCUGGCCCACCAGGAAGCUUCGUGUCCCCGAUCUGACUGUCUCUCUGUCUCAAUCGACGGUACAUCUCUCAGCCAGAUACAAACAUCAUCUCCAAACCUUGCCACAGCACAGACAUUCACUGAUCCGAUCGAAAUUUCCUUAAUUUCCAGAAAUGUCAAGUGGAUUCAGCGGCGAUGAAACGGCACCGUUCUUUGGUUUCCUCGGUGCUGCUGCUGCUCUCGUUUUCUCCUGCAUGGGAGCUGCGUACGGAACAGCGAAGAGCGGUGUAGGAGUAGCGUCAAUGGGAGUAAUGAGACCGGAAUUAGUAAUGAAAUCGAUAGUACCAGUAGUUAUGGCAGGAGUGCUUGGUAUUUAUGGUUUGAUUAUUGCUGUUAUUAUUAGUACUGGUAUUAACCCUAAAGCCAAAUCUUAUUACCUUUUCGAUGGUUAUGCGCAUCUUUCUUCUGGUCUUGCUUGUGGCCUUGCCGGACUUUCUGCUGGUAUGGCUAUCGGUAUUGUUGGCGAUGCUGGCGUUAGAGCUAAUGCACAGCAGCCAAAGCUUUUUGUUGGAAUGAUUCUCAUUCUCAUCUUUGCUGAGGCACUGGCUCUCUAUGGACUCAUUGUUGGCAUCAUCCUUUCUUCUCGUGCUGGUCAAUCUAGAGCUGAGUAGAAUACUUUGUUAUUGGCAUCACUGCAGGUCGGUGAGGCUAGUAAAAAGUGUGCAGGUCUUUUAUCAAGUUAUUUUUCAUGUAUGUGAAAUCUUUCAACUAUUAUCAUUAGUUGGCCCUUGAAAUAAAGUUGUUAACUUUCUUUACAUUUGUUGUAUUCUACAUAUAUAUUAGUUUUAAACUUAGAAAGCUAGUGUGAACCUUAUUUUGUUAUCUACUAAAAACCACCCUUUUGCUUUUGGCCGUCAAA